GUGACGGGAAGACGGGACCCACUCAAAAGAUCCACGCCAAACACCCACCGCGCACGAACGAACACGACGGCCGUUCCCCCCCGACGCCGAUGUCCGCCGCAUCCGCCCUCGCCGCCGCUCCUCCUCCGGCUGAACCUAGCUGAAGUCCGGUCAGCGCCACUCCUUUACCCCGCCGAUUUCCCCACUCCGCCUCCGCCGCUAUUCCACCGCGCCGAUGUCUCGCCUCCGCCUCCUCCGCCGCAGCUCCUCCUCCACCACACUGAUACCCCUCCUCCGGCUCCUCCGCCGCUGCUCCACCUCCACCUCCACGUCGCCGCCCUCACGCUCCUGGUCUCCCCGAGACGCCUUUGUUGCGGCCAUAGAGCGUGUUCGCGCCGGGACGCUCAGCCCGGAAGACGCUCACCACCUGUUCGACGAUUUGCUCGGUCAGGCCACCCCGGUCCCGUGCGCACCCUGAACGGCUUCUUUGCCGUCCUCGCCCGUGCCACGUCCUCUGCCGCCUGCAUCCGAGAUGGCCCCGCCCUUGCCGUCGCUCUCUUCACCCGCGUGUGCCAAGAAGAGGCCGGUCCGCGUGUGGCGACGCCCACAGUCCACACCUAUGGCAUCCUCAUGGACUGCUGCUGCCGCGCGCGUCGCCCGGACCUAGGGCUCGCCUUAUUCGGCCGCUUCCUCGGGACAGGCCUGAGGACAAACGAGAUCGUCGCCACCACCUUCCUCAAGUGCCUCUGCUGCGCGAAACGGACAGAAGAGGUUGUGAAAGUACUGCUUCACAGAAUGCCCGAGCUGGGCUGUGUGCCUAAUGCCAUCUCGUACUCCAUAGUUUUGAAAAGCUUGUGUGAAAAUAGCAUGAGUCAGCAGGCACUCGACCUGCUCCAGAUGGUAGGGAAAGAAGGAGGCUGCCUUCGUGAUGUGGUGGCAUAUAACACAAUCAUCCAUGGCUUCUUUAAGGAGGGCGGAAUAGACAAGGCAUGCCAUCUAUUCCAUGAAAUGAUGCGGCAAGGGGUUGUGCCGACUGUGGUGACAUACAACACAGUAAUUGAUGCGUUGUGCAAGGCCGGAGAAAUGGACAAGGCAGAGCUAGUCUUUCAGCAGAUGGCUCGUAAUGGUGCGCAGCCCAAUAAAGUGACAUGUAAUGGCAGUAAAUUUAGUUCACUGACUGACGGAUAUUGCUCAGUCGGCAAGAUGGAUAAAACAUUCAAACUGCUUGAUGCCAUGGUAUCAGUUGGAAUUGAGCCUGAUGCUGUUACUUAUAGUGCACUUCUUGAUGGCUAUUUUAAAAAUGGAAGGAUCGAUGAUGGUUUGACUCUAUUUAGAGAAAUGUCGUGCAAGGGAGUUAAACCAACAACUGUGACAUAUGGCAUCAUACUGGAUGGUUUAUAUCGUGCUGGGAGAACUGCUGCUGCCAAGAAAAUGUUUGAUCAGAUGAUCAAAAGUGGAAUAACAGUGACCGUUUCCAUAUACACUACUCCCUCCUUUCCGGUUUAUAAGGCGUAUUUCAACUUUUUUGUUUUUCCAAUUUAAAGGGCUUAUCUCCAUCUCAUUUUUAGUUUUCGAGGCGCAUUAAAUCUUUGCAUGCAAGAAUUAAAAAGGAACACACCAAUGCAUGUAAUGUUCCUACUCAUCUAGUGGCCAAGCAUGCAUGCACUACAAUUAAUCCAAAUUAAUGCAAGAGUUUAAUUUGAGUAGUUUUGUAAAGUACGAGAUAGAUUCCUCCACUCACAAAAUGCCUUGGUUGAUGAGAUUUCAGAUUUGAGCCCUAUAAACCGGAAAGGAGGGAGUAUAAUUCUUAGAGGACUUUGUAAAAAUAAUUGCGCUGGCGAAGCAGUCACCAUGUUCCAGGAAUUAGGUGCAAUGAAUGUGAAGUUCGAUAUUAUAACACUCAAUACCAUGAUUAAUGCCAUGUACAAGGUUCAGAGAAGAGAAGAAGCUAAAGGUUUGUUUGCUGCAAUAUCAGCCAGUGGGUUGGUGCCUGAUGCUUAUACUUACAACGUAAUGAUAAACAAUCUUCUAAAAGAAGGAUCAGUGGAAGAAGUUGACAAUAUGUUUUCAUUGAUGGAGAAGAGUGGUUGUGCUCCCAGCUCUCAUCUUGUAAAUGAUAUCAUCAGAAGGUUGUUGGGAAAAGGAAAAACGGGUUCUUGAAGAAUGUAUGUCUGAGGUUGCUGAUGCUAUGUUGAGUUAGCAGAUAUAUGAGCUCAUGCCAGAGUCUCCUGUACUCUAUGCUGUCAGUUCCACUGGUGGAGCUUGUUACAUACAGGUAAAGGUAUGGCCAAGAAUUCACCGGUGUGUGCUUUCUGAUUCAAUCUGCUGGAUGCCAACACCACCUCGGGUCCUGCACUUUCAUGGGGAUGAGGUGCCACCGCCAGCCUUGCAUUGAUGCACUGCACUUACUUCCCCUCUUCAGUAUCAGAAGGCGGCAUGAAGCGCGGAUGCUGUGCUGGAGAGGAUGAACGUGCGCUCUGAGAAGGUGCUCGGGCAAUCGACCGGAGCUUGCUGCAAAUGAUAAUUGUUAGUUUGGCAGCUCAACUGCAAAGUAAGAAACCCAAGCUGAUUUGUAGUUUGCAAACUGAAACUGACCGAAAUGAAGCUUGCUUGUCUUUGCUUUUCGUUUGAGCUGCAGAUGCUGCUGCUGCCAACACGUAGGCAUUUCAGGUCGAAAUCAAGUUUAAGAUACCCAAUACAUGUCCACCAUUUUUAUGGAUUGCAGAUCCUUACCGCGGAAGGCCUGAUGCAUCUGUGUAGUCCUGCUCUUGACCUUAUUCAUCUCGCUGAAGUUGGGCACGGCAUUGGGAACUGAGCCAUCUCCUGCUGAAACCACUCAAGUAAGACAUCAAGAUGUCUCACCCAAGUUUGACCCUCAUCCACUUUUCUUGCUUCUUGAAUGUGCCGACAGGCUAGAAUACAGAGCCACAUGAAAGGCACAAAGGUAUCUUACGGCCACUUACCUGGUAAGAUGUACCUCUUGUGAUACUUUGGAGCGGCGAUCACCAAGGAUUGCUGCGUCAGGCCUUCUCUGUUCACGCAUGCUUGGAUCGCUUGAGCUCUCUGAAACCAACCGCCUCGUUAAUCCGAAGGCAUAUUGCAAGGAAAUUACUGCUGAAUGUAGGAUGCACCAACAGAAACCUGCUGG